CCACCGCGGCGCUCUUGAAUCCAGCAUGGCGACGAAAUACAACAUCGGUGACCCUGUAUGGGCAAAGAUGAAAGGCUUUUCGCCGUGGCCCGGCAAGGUUGCCAACCCGACGAAGGAUGUGAAGCGUCCUGCACUAAAGAAACCCAUGCAGUGUAUUUUCUUCUUCGGAACAAACAACUAUGCGUGGAUCCAGGAGGACCAGAUUCAGCCGUACGAGGGCAAGAAGGAUCAGCUUUCCAAGUCGAGUAAAACAGCAAGCUUCAAGGAGGCUGUUGAGGCUAUUGAAGACUACGUCAAGACCAUGCCAGAGCAGCCGGUCAGGAGCUCUGAUCUGCCCAGCAUUGAUGAGGAGCUAUCCACAAUUUUUCCUAAUGGUUCUGAGAAAGAUGCCCCCGUAGUCCGCGGCGCUUUGUCCACCCCAGCCAAGCUGCCAGUGCGGAGCGUGCCGGCGGAAGAGGAACCGGAAGAACUCCCGGCGCCCUCCUCGCCGCCGCCGGCCAUAGUGAAGACCCCCAAGACGCCCAAGGACCGGAGUACAGAGGACAAGGAAAAGGAGCCCAAGCGGAGGAAAAAGGACCAGGCACACAGGCUGUCCAAACGAACGUCCUCCGAGAGCAGUAGUACGGGCUCGGCGAGCGCCAAGCGUGCCAAGCAUGCCAAGGUAACCGCCGACAAGGGGCCCCCCGCAACGCCUUCUACACCCAACAAUACCAGUGGAAGCAUCGCCAACAGCACGGCGCACGUCUCGUCUCCCAACGCCACCUCGCCCUCACCCUCCAAGUCCCCUUCGAACCUCCUUCGCCAGUCGUACGUCAGCCGACCGGUGACGCCUCCACUGGACGUGGAGCGGAUAUCGGACGUGCUGAAGCAGAAGCGGGUGAGCCCGUCGAACCUCAAGUUCGGCUUCCUGGGCCUGGGCAACAUGGGGCAGGGCAUGGUGAAGAACCUCAUCAACUCGGGCCACCACAUCACCGUCUGGAACAGGACGCCCUCAAAGUGUCGAGACUUUGUGAAGGCGGGGGCCACGAAGGGGCUGACGCCGGCGGACGUGGUUGCUGCCUCGGACGUCACCUUCUGCUGCGUCUCCAACUCCCACGCAGCGAAAGAGAUGGUGUUUGGGAACUGCGGUGUCCUGCAAGAGAUCCGGAACAACAAGGGCUACGUGGAAAUGACAUCCAUAGACCCCGACACGUCACAAGACAUAUCCGAGGCCAUCUUGUUGCGGGGCGGCCGCUACCUGGAGGCGCCCGUGUCGGGCUCCAAGAAGCCGGCCGAGGACGGGACGCUGAUCAUCCUGGCGGCCGGCGAGCGGUCCCUCUUCAACGACUGUGCCAGCUGCUUCGAGGCCAUCGGCAGGCACGCCUUCUACCUGGGGGACGUGGGCAACGGCUCCAAGAUGAACCUGAUCUUGAACAUGUUGCUGGGCACAACGUUGGCGGGCCUCUCGGAGGCCAUGGCACUCUGUGACCGGGCCGAACUCUCCCAGAAGGACCUGCUGGAGAUCCUGGAACUGGGGGACCUCAACUCACCCAUCAUCACUCAGAAAGGGCAAGCAAUCAUUGAGGGCACAUUUGCCACCCACAUGCCCCUGCAACACCUCCAGAAGGACAUCUGCCUCGCCAUCGGCAUCGGCGACCAAUUGGAACAGCCGCUACCAGUCACAGCCGCAGCCAAUGAGGUUUUCAAGCACGCCAAAAAGCACGGCUACGCGGAACACGAUGCAUCUGCAGUCUACAUUCGAACGCGGCUCUGAGAAAACUUUUCCUGGGCGGGACAUACAAGGGCAAGGCAAGGCACGGCACGGGACAAAAGACGGACACGGCUCCACAAGUGGCUCAAGCAAGCCAAUCCAAUCCGGAUGCACGCCGACGACCACCAUCCCAGACUCGACGGAAAGGCGGCGGCGCAAACUCAGUCUCAGUAUUUUCCCGGUUUUGAAGCAUGUGAUUGGUCCCUUAGGCUCUUCGAUUUAAUUGACCGAAAUUAAUCUUUUUGUUUGUUUACGUUGUCGCUCGCACGUUUUUGUGUCAGAAGGGAAAAAGGAAGUUCUGUGUUGCCUAGACUUGAAAAUUGUGUAGUAAUAUGGUUUGCUUUUGUUUUGUUUUACCCGGUGCUGGCGCACUUAGCAUGAAGAAGGAAUUGUCAUGAUUUGUUUUUCUCUUCCUGGUUUUUUUUUAGAUUUGGAAUGCAGUCAUUGAAGAUGUCUAUGUGCUAGAAUUUACUAAUCCGAGCCACCAGGUUAGGCUUGAAAUUUAGUGUUCAUCUUCGUAAAAUUGAGAAAGGCGCCACUGUCAUGUUCGUGCUAACUGUGCCGCACUGUGUGCCGUAGAACCUUUUGAAGUUAAGACUGAUAUAAUGAAAAAGAGUAUUAAGUAAGUUUCUAUAAGGGUGCAGGCAUUUGAGGUAUUGAUACACUAAAGUAUAUCCUUGGGAAAAGGAAAACAAAAAAAACACCGACUUUGUUUUGUUGAGAUUUUACGGUUGCGAUAAAUAGAGGCGUAGGUGGCAUGAAAACACAAGCUUGACUCGUAACAUUGCAUCGAAACUGGUUGUCAGGGUCGUGGGGUUAUUGUCUGCUGUUCCCUUCUGUUCCCAAGAGGGGGGAAAAUGGGUUCGAUCAUUGCCGUCUCUGUGUACAGCCUUUGUUUUUGUUCUCAUUUUUCUAGAUUACGAGACGAAAGGGGAGUGAGAAAAAGAAAAUGCUGAUGGAAGUCAUUGUUGCCAGAGUACUGUCCCUUGGCUGAUGUUGAAGAAGGCCUAGUUGUAAAUAGGUACGAGAACAGUGGGUCUUCAGACGUGUUCCCACUAGCGUACGUUGUUACCAUUGCCACAUUUUUAAACGACUGAUUGACACACAGUAGGACAACGGGAACGUCUGGGAACCGACCGUACCCGUCCCCCCAACAACACACUUCAUUGUUUCCGUUUGUCAUGUAGUUCGAACGCGCCGUUGCACGAUGGCUCAUUCUUGGGAACCGAGCAUCGUGAUGGCGUCGCCGUCGGUACACCACUCGUAUGUCCCGUGCACCCCGAAAGUACAACUUUUCUAAGGACGGGGGGUGGGCGGCCUGACGUUGACCGAUCAAAGAUCGGCAGGCGACAUGCCGAUUGCCGCCGUCGUUUGCGACCGGGGACGGAAAUAUGCAAAAGUGGAUUGUUCCGCGCACGCCGUCUUUGCGUCCUUGCCGUUGCUGCCGCGAGCAUCAUUAACCACACGCAAACAUACACAUACACCCCAUUCCAUUGGAGAGUUUCAUCCUGUCACAAAGCAACAUUGCAGAGAAAUAAAAAAAAAAGUAUCAUGUUCAUUUAUUUUAAAA